AUGGCUUCCAAUUUUCCCAAUCCCUCUCUUACACUUGAUUCGCCUGCGAUAAAACGGCAAAGAACUGAAUCAGGUUAUACAUCUAUCAACAAUUCUGUGAGAAACAUAGAUACCUACAAUUCAGAUGCGGAUGAUGGGGAUGAUAUUUUCAAGGACUAUGUGCCCGAUACACCAGCAACAGCGAAGAAGUUCGAAACGCAACCUACACAGAUCAUAGGUGCUGCUAGGAAGUUCGAGACUCAACCCACGCAGAUUGGACCCACUACCAAGAAGUUCGAGACUCAAGCUACCCAGAUAAUCGAUCGAGCUGCUUCGCUGGCAUACCCACCAAGUUCUCCAAAUAUCAACAGCUUGAAUGGUGUACAAGUACCUGCUUCAUCACCUUUACGACAAUCGCCUACACCAAGAAAGUUUAUCGCAUCUGCAAUGGCACCUGCUGGAACUCAAUACAGAGCACCAUUUGGAAUCAAUCAAAAACCCAUCGCCCCUCCAAGGAAGAUUAUCAACUUGGACAGUGAUGAUGAGGAACCAUCAUUUGUUGGAGAUAGUUCUGAUGAUGAUGACGAACUAACCAGUGUGGACAUCAAGCCUACAUCAUUCGUUUCAAAGAGUGCUUCUUUUGGGUCUACAGGUUAUCCAGAUGCUUCGCGAUCAUUUAACGGCAAUUCUAAAUUUCAAAACGCUCUCGCCAAGGCUGUGUAUAAUCCACAGAAAGGCAUGAAACAACAGGGUCCAGAGAGAGCCAGGCCAGUCCAGGAUAUUUCGAUCAAUGACAUUCCAGAAGGUGAGCUUCGGAUGAAGGCUCAGCGCAUCAAGGACAUCUUUCCAGGGGUAUCUAUUAUGGAGGUCAAGGAUGCUUUGCUCGUGACUAAAAACGAGUUUGAUGCUGCUUGUAGCCUGCUUGCAAAAGAUAAACCUAUUGAGGUUUCCGACGAUGAGGAUGAAGUUCAAGAGAUGGCUGCCUCAGAAAUGGCUGAACCACAGAUGAGAAGAGGUCUAGCGAAACCUAUCAAGUCAAUCAGGGACCGAUAUACUUCUACUCAAAACCAGUCUACGCAAAGACCGGCUCAAGUACCAGCUCAAGCUACCACGCCACCAAAAACAAGGAAAAGACUUAUGAAAGGACGUAGAGAUCCAACUUCACCUGCAGCUGCCUCCUCUCCAGUCAAAUCUCCAGCCAAGUCUCCCGUGAAGUUGGCUUCAACUCCAGUUAUCAUAGAUAUGUCUGAUGAUGAUUCUGACCUUGAGCAGGAGGAGGAAAUCGAAGAAGAUCCAAUUCUUGAGGAUCGACUACUCAAGUACUUGAACAAAUGCACAUUGGAUGAUCUUAUCGAACUUACCAAUACCACCAAGAAUAACGCGCAAGCAAUGUUGGACAGUCGACCUUUCAGGAGUCUUGAUGCUGCGAGAAAUGUGUCAAAUGUUAAGACUUUGAAAAGUGGCAAGAGAAGUGCAAAAGCUCCUAUGGGCGAACGUCUCGUGGAAACUGCUUUGGAAAUGUUUUCUGGCUACGAGGCUGUGGAUCUCCUCGUUAAAAGAUGUGAGGAUCUUGCAAAGCCAUUGGAGGCUGAGAUGGCAAAAUGGGGAUUCAAUUCUUUUGGUACUCGCAAGGAAGGAGAAGGUAUUGAACUGGUAUCUUUCGAGGAUGCAGAUUCUCAGCGUGAUUCCGGAAUUGGCACUCCAAGCAGCACGUUAUCUACUAAUGGCGAGAAUGCCGAUGAGGACAAGAUCGUAUCUGCCAAACGCAGGAAAGCGAGUGUCGAAUUUUUGAAGAAGCCCUCGCUUAUGGCAGAUGAAGUCGUUCUGAAAGAUUAUCAAAUCGUUGGCUUGAAUUGGUUGAAUUUGAUGUACGAGCAGAACCUGAGUUGUAUUUUGGCAGAUGACAUGGGUCUUGGAAAGACCUGUCAAGUUAUUUCGUUUCUUUCGCAUCUUGUGGCUACUGGUCGGACAGGUCCUCAUGUUAUUUUUGGUCCUGCUGCUGUUUUUGAGAAUUGGUGUCAAGAAUUCCAGAAGUUUGCUCCCAAAUUGGCUAUUCAACCUUAUCACGGUCCUGCGGCUGAACGUGUCGAGUUGGCUGAAUCCAUAUUGGAGAAUCGAGAUGAGAUUAAUGUCAUUGUUUCUACCUACGAUAUGGCUGUCAAGCCUGCCGACAACAAAUUUUUCCGAAAAUUGGGAGCUGAUGUUCUUGUUUGUGAUGAGGGUCAUAUUUUGAAGAAUGGAGCAACUCAAAAGAAUCAAGCUCUGAAUAGAAUUCCUGCUAGCUUUAAGCUUUUACUUACGGGUACACCUCUUCAAAAUAACCUGGUCGAAUUGGUUACUUUACUUGCAUUCAUUCUUCCAGAUGUUUUCAAGGAACGAGAAGAAGACUUGAAUUACAUUUUCAAAGCAAAAGCAACAACUCGAGAUACUGAUCAUGGAGCCUUGCUUUCUGCCGAACGUAUUACUCGAGCCCGAUCUAUGCUGACUCCAUUCGUCCUACGACGGAAGAAGCAUCAAGUGUUGAAGCAUCUUCCUACAAAAUUAUGUCGGGUUGAACGUUGUAGUUUGGAGCCAACGCAGGCUAAAAUCUACAACGAGCAUGCAGAUGCAGCGAAAGAACGGGCACGCAGGCGUCUUGAAGGUGUCAAAAUGCCACCUUUGAAGUCUGAAGAAAAUAACCCCAUCAUGCAACUUCGCAAAGCAGCUAUUCACCCGCUACUUUUCAGACGUCACUUUACAAAUGAGAAGAUUGAGAAAAUGGUCGAUAUCCUACGAAAGAAAGAGCCAGAUAAUUUCCCUCCCUCUGCUAAACGAAUCCAUCUUGUGGAAGAAAUGCGCAAUGCUUCGGACUUUUGGUUACACACGUGGUGUGUAUUAUAUCCAUGUAUCAAAUCUUUCGACGUUAAGAAGAAUGCAUGGAUGGAUUCGGGGAAGGUAUCUGCUUUAGUGGAACUUGUGACUAAAUACAAGGAGAAUGGGGAUCGAGUUCUUAUUUUCUCACAAUUCUCGCUUGUUCUUGAUAUUCUGGAAUCUGUAUUAAACACUUCCAUGAUCACAUACACUCGUAUCGAUGGUGCCACCAAGAUUGAUGAGCGUCAAUCUUUGAUUGAAAGAUUCAGGGAUGAUACUGAUAUUACGGCUUUUCUCUUGACGACUAAAGCAGGUGGAACGGGCAUUAACUUGAUGUAUGCCAACAAAGUCAUCAUUUUCGAUGGUAGUUUCAAUCCUCAAGAUGACGUGCAAGCAGAGAAUCGUGCUCAUCGCGUGGGACAAACUCGUGAUGUGGAAGUUGUCAGAUUAGUCACUCGUGGUACCAUUGAAGAAGCCAUUUGGAAAAUGGGUAGAAGCAAGUUGAUGCUGGAUGGGAGAGUGGCAGGCGAAGAAGGCGAAGAAGCGGGCGAGAAGGCCGUGGAAAAGAUGUUGUUAGAAGGUGUUACAAUAACGGAUGAAGAAGCGGCCCCUGUUGCUGAGGGUCAUGAAGCUGCGCCCAAGAAAAAUGUGAAGGGCAAGGCCACGGGGCAAAAACUACCGGAUAGGAAGAAAUCAGGCACGUUUCUCGAUUUGGCGAUGAAGGGAGCGGAGAAAGACGAUGAGGAUGAAAUGCUUGUUUGA